AUGGCUGGAAUCACAGCCGAAAGCAUCGCAGCACUACGCGAUGAAGCCUCUCAUUCUAUGCGAUGGCUCGAUAUGACCCUCUCAAAUCCUUCGUCUGAUCCAAACGAUCCUAGAGCGGCGCAUCAAGCAUAUGCCUUGAAAGUCAUCGAAGAUCCUACCAACAGUUUCAUCCGAUUGAUCAAAGACCCUUUGAACUUGAUCAGCGUAAUGGGCCCUGCGCGUUCCGGGAAGUCUACAAUGAUGAACAUUCUUGCUGGCUGCACCGUUACAGAGCUAUUCUCAACUUAUCCAGGCAUGGAGACUUUCACCAAAGGAAUUCAAAUUCCAACCAGAGUACUGACACUUCCUCAAUUUUCUUCACUAGAAGGGGCAACAACUGUGGUUCCAAGUACCGCAAAUGUCAAGGUAACUUUUGUAGAUACAGAGGGGCAAGGUGCUAUAGGAGAUAAUUAUGACAUGGAUCUCUUCAGUCCCGCAUUGGUCACGUCGCGAGUCGUCAUCUACAAUCGCACUGGGGGUCUUCUCACCGAAGAAAUCCUGUCACAACUUGGUAUGAUGACCCAAGCAGCACAAAGACUUCGUGCAGGUGGGAACGAUAAAUCCGGCAACACAGCGAUUACCGGAAUGUCUGGGACUUCUGGGACGUCUGGAAAAGCUGCUACAGAUCCACUCUUUGGUCAUCUUUUCAUAAUCUUUAAUCAAUUUCGAACGAACAAAGUCGACACGGUUACAACGCUCAAGAAUGCUCUCAUGAAUCAGGAGCCAGAAACCGAUUCAAACUCGACGAACAGAAACAAUAUCCGCAAACUUCUAACAUCCGUGUUUGAAUCUAUCCAAGUUUUCAUCCUGCCCGAUAGUCUCAAAAGCGAGGCUCGUGAUGCUCUUGCUGAUGGUCUCAAAGAUUUUAUCUUACUCACAGACUUCACUCCAAAGUAUCUGGAAUAUUUCAAAUUGCUUCGAGAUGGCCUCUCUAAAGCCUUGGUCUCCCCUCGAGAGCUUGCUACUGGAGUGCCACUCACAGGGGGCACGAUUGCUGAUUUUAUGCCGUCAUUCGCAGACGCGAUCAAUCGUUCACAGCCAUUGAACUUGCCAUCAAUCUUUGAGCAGUCUCAGAAUAAUGCUCUGAACAAAGUACAGAUUAAUUUUGCGAAUUCUUUGAGUGUUGUCUCCGACAACAUACUCAAGGAUCCUACUUUAUCAACUCAAUUACUUUCCAUCAAAUUUGAUAGCAGUGUGAACCUGCUUCUUAGUCAACUUGCUAGUUCCAUCUCAUACAUGCCGGUGGAUGUUGUUCAGGCUGCACAAAAUACUGCGUCGAACUCCACUACUGCCGUCAAAGCUGAUCUCAUUGCGACAAAUCUUGGUAGGAUAAAAACCUUGAUGUCCACUACCUUGACCAAUUUAAUUGCCUCGAUCGGAGACGAGCUAUUGAAGGUCUUUCCAACAAACAAUAUUCUUCAGUCACCAACAGAUAUUAACAAUGCUUUCACUACUUUGUUUAACACUCUUUCAAGCACAUACAAGAACAAAGGAGAUAUGUAUGAUCCUCAGGCGUUGCCUGAUCAAUACGAGGCAAUAAUACAAUCAUCUCUUGAUUUACACAAGUCUGGUAUACAAUCCAAGGCGGCUAGUUCCUGGGCUGUUUGGGCUACCAACUUGUCUCAGGCUAGCAUAAAGACUUUGACGGAAACCUUGACCACACUUGGCAGGAGCACGCAAGUGGGUAACGACAACCAGUACAACACUAGUGCUACCUCUGCUUGCAACACGGCAAAAUCAAAUUUCAAUCAAAAAGUGGAUAACGAAUACCUAUGGUCUGACAAACAAGACAAAAAAGAUCUUUUCGCAACUGCAGCCGACAAUACCAUGGCUACUCAAAAGGCAAUCUGGCUGAGCAACGAAGCAGAGAUCAAGGCCAGUCUCAAUGUCAUAUUUGACAGUCUUAAGCAAACAUAUGUCAUGAAGCUCCAGAAUUCUAUUGUGCCACUAUAUGAACCUGAACCAUUUGAAACAAUCACUAAUUCUACCUUGAUCAAAGAUGCAUUGAUUCUGUUUUGCACAGAAAAUAAGAUCUCUACAGCCAUGGCAACCAAGUUUGGGAUGGAUUUCGAUGUAUUCGCAUCCGAGAAAAAGUCGAAUUUUGUCAACACUUAUAACACAGGUAUGUGUGGUUGA